AUGACACUAGUUAGGGAGAGAAGGCACCAACAGGGACUCCGUUUAUCCCUACCGUCACCGUUAGCGGCAGCUGAUUUCCGGCAACGGUCCCAUUAUGCAGCGUUGCUCUCAGCCAUUGGUCCAACAUCCCCAGACAUCGAAAGCCUCUCCGACCUCGAGAAACUCACCGUUAUUGGCCAUGGCAAUGGUGGCACUGUCUACAAAGUCCGGAACCGUAAAAGCUCGUCGGUUUAUGCGUUAAAGGUCCUCCGUUUCGAUCAAAACGCGGCUGUAAUACGGCACCAGGUGGCAUGUGAAGCUGAAAUCCUGAAAAGGGUUGAUUCACAAUUCGUUGUGAAAUGCCUCGCAGUGUUUGAUACUAUAGGGGGAGACCUGUGUUUCGUUAUGGAGCAUAUGGAGAAAGGAUCCUUGUACGACGAGCUCCGAGUGAGGGUGAAAUUGCCUGAGGAUGUUGUUUCGGUGAUUGCCCAAAGAGUUGUACGAGGGUUGCAGUAUUUGCAUGGAAUGCAAAUCGUUCAUGGCGAUAUAAAACCAUCAAAUCUGUUGAUAAACGGGAAAGGAGAGGUGAAGAUUGCAGAUUUUGGAGUGAGUAAGAUUGUUGUUGGGACGCGGAACGCGUGUGAGGCGUGCAUGGGUGGUACGUGUGCUUACAUGAGUCCUGAAAGGGUUGAUCCAGAGAGGUGGGAUGGGGGCAACGCCGAUGGUUUCUCCGGUGAUGUUUGGUCGCUAGGUGUGGUGCUAUUAGAAUGUUUGGUUGGCCAUUAUCCGUUGAUUGGUCUCGGGGAAAAGCCUGAUUGGGCAGCUUUGAUAUGUGCCAUAUGCUUGGGAGAGAGGUUGGAGAUACCGGAGACGGCUUCGCCGGAUUUUAGAAGCUUUGUUAGGAGGUGUUUGGAGAAAGAUUGGAGAAAAAGAGGGUCGGUGGAUGAGCUUCUUGAUCACCCUUUUGUGAAUAGGAUUUUGUGAGGUGGCUCUUGAUUCUAAUCAAGCAAGGACUUAAAUGAAUUUUGCUUUGCAUUUGCACCAUU